AUCGGGGUCAGUCCACACUGGCCGGACAGAGACCGAUGAGGGCAGAAGGGACCAGUACGUACGUACGUGUGUCUCCACCUCCAAUGUUAGAGGCCCAGGACAAGCCAAGCGGUCUCUCGAGCGGGACCAAAGGCUGCGAUGAUAUCAGGCGCUGCGCUCAUGCCAAAGUGGGGCCCCCUCCACUACCAACACCCUCCUCUCUCUCUCUCUCUCUCUCUCCACAUGAUUGAGCCGCUACUUCCUAAUGUAGCCACACACAUAGACAGCCUUUCUUUUUGUUUAAGUAUUUACAAUAGUAGAAGAUGAGCGACCGCCCGCACUCUGCACAUCGCCCGGCCCUCUCCUCCUUGCCUUGGCUGCUCUCCCAAUUGCAUCUCUGCCGGCAAUCGCCAUUCGCCGCUGCAUACCGCUGUCUCUCUUCUUUCUCAGUCUCCUCUUCUCCCACAAAGUUAAUAAAAUAGAACUAUAAAGAGAUGCUUCGCUCGGCCGUCCACUCUUCCUUCCGUUCCACCACCAUCUAUCCCUCGUCUCAUCUGUCCAACUUUGUUGCAAGGACAGUCAAGCCUGCAUUUACACCUCUCGCUACUCGAUCAUUUUCAAGCACACAGCCCAACAUGGUCAAGGUCCUCGCCAUUCUCUACUCUGGCGGUCAAGUCGCUCAGGAUGAGCCCCGCCUCCUAGGCACUACCGAGAACAAGCUCGGCCUCGAGAAGCUCCUCAAGGAGCAGGGCCACGAGUUUGUCGUCACCGACGACAAGGAGGGCCCCAACAGCAAGAUGGCAAAGGAAAUCGUCGACGCUGACGUCGUCAUCACGACGCCCUUCCACCCCGGCUACCUCUCCCGCGAGGUCAUUGCCACGGCCAAGAACCUCAAGCUCUGCAUCACUGCCGGUGUGGGCUCGGACCACGUUGACCUCAACGCAGCCAAUGAGCGCCAGAUCACCGUCGCCGAGGUGUCGGGCUCCAACGUUGUCUCCGUCGCCGAGCACGUCAUCAUGACUAUCCUUGUCCUCGUGCGCAACUACAACGUGGGCCACGAGCAGAUUGUCCUCGGCAAGGACGGCGGCUGGAAGGUCUCUGCCAUUGCUCGCGAUGCCUAUGACCUCGAGGGCAAGGUCGUGGGCACGAUUGGUGCCGGCCGCAUCGGCUACCGCGUGCUCCAGCGCCUCGUCCCCUUCAACUGCAAGGAGCUCCUCUACUUUGACUACCAGGACCUGCCCGGCGAUGCCGCCAAGCAGGUCAAUGCGCGCCGCGUCGCAGACCUCAAGGACUUCCUGUCGCAGUGCGACGUCGUCACGGUCAACUGCCCGCUGCACGAGGGCACCCGCGACCUCAUCAACGCCGACACGAUCAAGAGCAUGAAGAAGGGCGCCUGGCUCGUCAACACGGCCCGUGGCGCCAUCUGCAAUGCCGAGGCCGUCAAGGCCGCCGUCGAGAGCGGCCACCUCCUCGGCUACGGCGGCGACGUCUGGAACCACCAGCCUGCACCCAAGGACCACCCUUGGCGCAGCAUGAAGAACGCGCACGAGGGAGGCAACGCCAUGGUGCCCCACUACUCGGGCACGACCCUCGAUGCGCAGAAGCGGUACGCCGACGGCACCGUCGAGAUCCUCCAAAAUUGGCUCAACGGCAAGCCCCAGACCCAGGCCAACCUCAUCGUCGAGAAGGGAGACUACGCCACCAAGGCGUACGGCCAGCGCAAGUAAGGUCAGCCUCUUGAAAACAUGAAUCCUUUACAUGAAUGCACCUUGUAAAUUGAAUCUUCGACUGCAAUUCACCGAAUCCUUUUGGGCGGGAGACUGAUUGCAUUUUAUCGUGGCCGUGCUCUCUCUGACCUGGAUCAGUACUGUACAAAUGGCCUUUUCUUGCUGCGAGGCGGGUCUACCACAGCUUGAUUCCAUAACCAAGCUCGCCCCAUCCCACAUGAA